AUGCCUGUCACUACGUACACAGAGGACGACCUCGUCGACCAAUUCGACGAGUUCGAAGGGGACGACGAUGAGCUGAGCCCCGAGGACAAGGUAGCCAUGAGCGAGGCUACCGCCGCCGUGCAGAAAGUCCUCGGCGACCAGGUCACGGUUGCGCAAAUACAAGAGGCGCUAUGGCACUACUACUACGACGUGGACAAGUCGGUCGCGUACCUGCGGCGCACCUUCAUCUCGCCCCCGAAGCCGGCACCGAAAAAGGCGGAGCCGGCGCCCAAGAAGCCAGAGCCGGCACCCAAGAAGCCAGAGCCGGCACCCAAGAAGCCAGAGGGUAAGUCGGGCGAAUUCUCCUUUUCUGACGCACUCGGCCUGUUUGUGCGCGCCGGCCGGGAGCCGGACCCGGGUGACGUGCUGCGCGAGUUCGACGACAUGCCCUGGAUGAACGUGCCGCGGCACCGCCUGGCAACCAUGGAGCCGCCGCCUUGGCGGGGCGGCCUGCUCGGCGGCGGCAGCGAGCCCAAGAUGUCCAAGCUGCAGGCGCUGGCCGCGGCGCGGAAGAAGAAGACGGAGACGGCGCAAGCGGAGAACGGCCUGAAGCGACUGUCCAUCUCAGACGCGGAACCGUCUAAGCGGCAAAAGAACUGGUCUCGGCCGCCGCUUGAAGAGCAGCCGCCGCAGUCGCCUCGAGUACCGCCGUCUCAGACACCGCCAGCCCGAGCUCCGCCAGUACAGACGCCAGACGGCCAAGCAUCAGGUGCACCACCAGAUCCGCCCAAGGCCGCGAUGCCCACAGCCUCUCAGUCUCAACCCCCGCUUCAAAUGCAGCCCGUCCCGCAGCCGUCCGCCUUUGCCCGAACGCUCUUUGGACCGCCAGCGCGCAGCACCAGGCCCGAGAUGUUUGCCAUGCCCUACGCGUCCGCCCUGUCCGCCGAGGCGUUCGAUCAGCCGAGUCCCGACGACAUCGUGCUGGCCGCCCAGGCAAAAGGUAGUUUGGCGAGACAAAGUAACGAGCUAAUCUAA